AUGGGUAGCUGUCCUUGUUUCGGGUUGAAGAAGAAGAGCAACGUGAAGAGCGCCAAGGCGCGGGACGAGGAAAACAAGAAUCGCAAAUCUGCAGAGAGUAGCAAUGAUGUGUCUGAAUGUUGUUCAGGAAAUGGACCAGAAGAAAACCCAAAAGAGGAUGGCGAAAGUCCUCAUAAGGCUCGGAUAUUUACCUUCCGAGAGCUUGCAACAGCAACAAAAAAUUUUAGGGAUGAAACCUUUAUUGGGCAAGGUGGAUUUGGCAUUGUUUACAAGGGAAUAAUCGGGGAAAAUCAGGUUGUAGCUGUUAAAAGACUUGAUACUACUGGUGUCCAAGGAGAGAAAGAAUUUCUGGUGGAAGUUCUCAUGCUUUCCCUUUUACGGCAUUCCAACCUUGUUAAUAUGAUUGGUUACUGUGCUGAAGGGGAUCAACGGCUUCUUGUGUAUGAGUACAUGGCUUUGGGUUCCCUAGAAUCUCAUCUUCAUGAUGUUUCUCCUGAUGAAGAAGCACUUGAUUGGAAUACCAGAAUGAUGAUAGCUUGUGGGUCAGCAAAAGGACUACGUUAUCUGCACGAUGAAGCAAAGCCCUCUGUGAUAUACAGGGAUCUUAAAACAUCCAACAUUCUCUUGGGUGAAGAUUUCCAUCCAAAACUUUCUGAUUUCGGGCUUGCAAAAUUUGGUCCAACCGGAGAUCAAUCAUAUGUUGCCACUAGGGUCAUGGGAACCCAAGGCUACUGUGCCCCUGAAUAUGCCACUAGUGGAAAAUUAACGAUGAGAUCUGACAUUUACAGUUUUGGGGUUGUGUUAUUGGAACUAAUUACUGGACGCAAAGCAUACGAUGAUAACCGUGGCCCUGAAAAGCAUCUGGUAGACUGGGCACGUCCAAUGCUUAGAGAAAAAAGGAGUUUCGGAAGAUUGGUAGACCCACGGCUUCGAGGCCAGUACCCAGGAUCUUGUCUACCGAUGGUCAUUGAAUUGACAACCAUGUGCCUUCGUGAAGAGCCACGUCAACGGCCUAAGGCAGGUGAUAUAGUGGAAGCUCUGGAAUUCUUGUCAUCCAAGCAAUACUCCCCAAACGUAUUCAACACAGUCAACACAACUGAGGUGGAGAGUGGAGCGUCCCCAAAUGAAACGACAGCGAUUUUGCCUAAAGAAUCAACCAGAGAGAGAGCUGUUGCAGAAGCCAAGCUGUGGGGGGAGACAUGGAGGCAGAGACGACUAAGUGAGCAAAGUAGUCCUGAGGAAGCAUAUAAGUUGUGA